AUGGACCAGCGGCGCCCGUCGACGCCCGGCGAAGACCACCCCGAGCCCCCGCCGUUCACCCUGGAGGGCAAGCGGGUGUUCGUGGCGCACGUCGAUUCGCGCGUGGGCGGCGUGCUCGGCAGGGCGUUCCGCGACGCCGGAUGCGACGUGCGCGGCGUACGCGAUGGCGAGAAGGAGGUGGAGUUCGCGAAAGAGACGUACAUGGCCGACUACGACCGCCACGACGGCAUGCGACGCGCGGCGCUCGCGGCUGCCGAUAUCGUCCUCAUCCCCCUCGCGGUCGCGCCCGACACCGAGGCGGCCAAGGACACGAUCGAGACGGUCGAGGCGGCCGCCGCGGACGACGGCAAAAAGCGCGUCAUCAUCGGCGUCUCGUCCGCAUCCUCGUGGGCGGGCGGCACGCGUCCGCGAGGAAACGGCGAGGAAACGGCCGCGGCGGACCUGGAGCGACGCGUGCCCGUGCGAGGACCCGGUAAGCUCGUCGCCGACGCCGAGCGCCUCGUCGCCAGGGCGCACAAACCCGGACGCCUCGAGUGCUUCUGCGUCCUCCCGGGGAUGCUCUACGGCGAGGGCGAAUUCGACGACGGUUUUCUCGGCUUGUGUCGAGGCGCGUGGGAGGGCGGCGCGGUGCCGGUGUUCGGCGACGGCCUCAACGUCCUGCCGCUGUGCCACGCGGGAAACGUCGCGGCGGUCGCGUUGGAGCUCGCGGCGGAGGCGCUGGACCAAAACCCAGGGUUUAGGGUUCCCGCCGUGCCCGACGCGAUCGAUCCAACCGCGACGGGUACCCUAAACCUAAACCCUAAACCCGCCAUCCCCGCGUACCCCUCGGCGGUUGAUUCGCUGCAGUCGCGGUACGUGCUGGCGGUGGACGAGGACACCCCCGGGGCGACGCAAAUCUCCGUCGCGGCUUCAAUCGCGAGGGAGUUUGCGGUGCCGCUGGUUCGGUUUCCCGCAUCUUCGCUGGCGCUGUCGGAGCGGCUCACCCCGAAUCUGCUGACGCACGCGGAGUUUUGCUCGAGCGACAUCGCGCGACGCGCGAUCGUCGCGAACGCGACGCGUCACCGGGGUGGUUGGGGCGCGCCGGUGGAGGUUGACGAUCCGUCGCUCGCGGACGUCCUCGACGUGGAGGAUGAAAAGAAGGAAGAAGAAAAGGCGACGGGCGCCGACGACGGCGACGGCGGCGGCGACGCGGCUCCCGCGGAGGGCGAGGACGACGGAUCCCCGUGGGAGCUCGCGCCUCCCAAGGUCGGCGGCGCCCCCGCGGUGAUCGACGCGUUUCUCGAGCGGAAUAACCUCGUCCCGCUUCGGCUCGUCGUUCGCGGUCCUCCGCUGUCCUUUCCGGAGGCGAUUGCGGAGCAAAUCGCUGAGGCGUACUCCGUCGCGUCGCUCACCCCGGCGUCGUUGGUGCGCCACUGGCUGCCAAAGUGCGACCAGGAAGUUAAGGACAAGUGCGGGUACGUCGAGCCGGAGCCGGAGCCGGAGCCGGAGGUUGAGGCGGCGGCCGACGGCGAGGACGCGGCGGAGAAACCAAAGGAAAAAACCGAGGCGGAGUUGGCGGCCGAAUCGGCCGCCAAGAAGAAGGAGGCCGAGGAGACGUACGCGGGUUACGCCGAGGACGUCAAGCUCGACCUCAUAAGGUG